AUGUCAUUUUCUAAAAAUGCUACUCCCAGAGCGAUUGUUAAUGAAUCUAGCACUCUACAUGAGAUGAAAUUUAGGAAUUUUAGAGUUGCCCAUGAAAAAAUCUCAUUGGAUAUAGAUUUGGCCACCCACUGCAUUACCGGUAGCGCUACUAUAAUAAUCAUUCCGUUGAUUAAAAAUCUAGAAUAUGUGACUUUUGAUUGCAAAGAAAUGACUAUUAAAGAUGUUUUGGUUGAGAAUCGUCGAUGCGACCAAUUUAUUCAUGAUGACCCACUUCAAACAAAAUUGGAGGGACCGACUUCGCGGGACGUUUUAUACACCGACAAUUCCAUUGAACAAUCACACUUUUUAAGGUCUAAGUUCGCUGGUUUAAAUGAAUAUCCAGAAUCUGAUUCCAAAUCUCAGUUAACUAUCAAAAUACCCUCUUCUAUUAAGAUAUCAUUGGAGGAUGCUAAUUCAUUAAGCAGUUACACUCCAAUUACUCCUUCCAUCAAAACUACACCAGGUUUGCAAGAAUCUGUUUUCACUCCAAUUACAUUACAAAUUGAAUACGAAAUAAGAAACCCGAAGUCGGGAGUAAGAUUCGAUACUGUAAACAGCGAAAAACCGUGGUUGUGGAAUGUUUACACCUCGAAUGGUGAGAUGUGCAGUUCUGCAUCGUAUUGGGUCCCCUGUGUCGAUUUGCUGGAUGAAAAAUCCACGUGGGAAUUGGAAUUUAGUGUACCAAAAUUGGUUAAAAAUAUAGGUACAUCCAAAUUGAUUGGCCAAAAUGGUGAAAUGGACAACGAAGAAGGGCAGGAUACAUUAGAAGAAGACAGUGUAGAAGCGGAACAGGCGCUGCCAAUAAAAAGUGAGAAAGACAACGACGUCAAUUUGAGAGAUAGCGAAGAAAUCAAGAAGACAAACAAAAAAGAUGACGAUGGUGAUGACGAGGAGGAUGAAGAUGGCGAAAGUGAUGAAGAAGAAGAAAGACGAAAUAUAGAAGAGAAUAAUAAUCCGAAUUUAAGAGAUGUUGUUGUUUGUUGUUCAGAAUAUUCCAAUAUUAAAGAACUUCCGCAUCCUAUUGACUUAACAAAAAAAAAAUGCGUAUUUCAAAUAAUAAAUCCUGUUGCCCCUCAUCAUGUCGGAUGGGCUAUCGGCGCUUUUAAUUCAUGGUCAUUGCCUCUGAUAUCGCCUUCAAGUAUUGACGUUGAAGAUGAAGCAGAGGAGGACAAGUUGAGAGACAAUGUCAACGAUAAUAUCAAUAAUAUUAUCGACGACAGUAUAGGCUCAGAUAUAAUUCCCAUUCAAGUUUUUACACUACCAACAACUGAAAUUGAUGAAGCAACCGUGAUUAAUUCGACUGUCGUCUGCCAGAAAAUUAUCGAUUUUUACUCGAAGGAAUUUGGGUCGUACCCUUUCACGUCAUACUCUUUGGUUUUCUUACCGACUGUGCUGUGUAAUCAUAUGGACUUCGCAGGACUAGGUGUUUGUAAUACAAGAUUGCUUUACCCUCUAGAAGUCAUUGAUAAAGUAUUCAGCUCAACGAACGAUCUAGCGUGGGCCCUGGCUAACCAAUGGUCUUGUGUUAAUAUUACUCCUCUGAACAUGAACGACUAUUGGUGUUGUCUUGGUAUUGCAGGCUAUAUGGUUUUCCAAGUAAUUAAAAAAUUAAUGGGCAAUAAUGCAUACAAGUACAUAUUAAAGCGGUAUAGUGAGGCGAUCGUGGAAGAAGACUUCGAAAAGCCUCCCAUUGGAAGCACCUUCAGUGGUAGUUCUAGGCCAAUAUCUUGCACCUCGCAAGAUCUGUCCUUUAUUCAAUUGAAAGCACCUAUGGUGUUGCAUAUUCUUGAUAAAAGGAUGACCAAGACUGAGAGAUCUUUUGGUAUGUCUCGUGUAUUACCGAAGGUUUUUCUUCAAGCUAUAUCGGGUGACCUGCCCAAUAAUUCUUUGACAUCGUCACAUUUUCAACAUGUUUGUGAGAGAGUAAACAAAAGCAAAUUAGAAAGUUUUUUUAGCCAAUGGGUAUAUGGGUCUGGCGUACCUAUAUUACGCGUUACCCAGCGGUUUAAUAGGAAGAGAAUGGUUAUAGAAUUGGGUAUAAGGCAAGUCCAAGAUGAAGAACUUGGUCAUGGAAAAGUUGUUGGAGGGCAAGGUUUUUGUAGAAGUGCUUUGAACCGAUUAGAACAUCCGAAUGUGAACCGGACUGAGUGCUUCACGGGCUCUAUGACCAUUAGAAUUCACGAACAUGACGGUACUCCGUAUGAGCAUAUCGUGGAAAUUAAAGAUACUUUCACAAAAAUAGAUAUACAGUAUAACACCAAGUACAGAAGACUGAGAAAAAGAGGUGGUGGUGCCAAUGAUGAGAAUGCUGUGGAAAACAACAAUGAGGAGAAGCCUACAGUCAUAGACGUGAAUUGUUUAGGAAACGUUUAUAUGUCGCCCGAGGAAUGUUCCCGAUUUCAUUUAACAGAAUUUCAUCACACAUCAGAAAGCAAUGAAUUGCUCAAACAAAAUGAGGCGUUUGAAUGGAUUCGGAUAGAUUCCGAUUUUGAAUGGAUUUGCAAAAUGCAUAUUAAUCAACCUGACUAUAUGUUUUCUUCCCAAUUGAGACAAGAUGGUGACAUCGAAGCUCAACUAGAGGCUAUCCGGUAUUACGAGGACGUCGUUGAUAACGGGGAUGCCAAAUCACUUGUUUACUCAAGUGUUUUGUUUAGGACGGCCAUGGAUGAAAGGUAUUAUUUCGGCAUAAGGCUCGCGGCGUGCGAAGCGCUUAGUAAAAAUGUGUAUGAUCCAAAAUUCAUUGGUGGUAUCAAACAUUUGAUUAAGAUUUUUCAAAUUUUGUUCUGCCUUGAUGGUUCUAACAUUCCGAAGAGUAAUGAUUUUGAAAAUACUGCAUUGUAUUUCUUACAGUGCACAAUACCGAAAGUGUUGGCCAAAGCAAAGGAUGAAAAUGGAAAAUGUCCCAAUUUGGUGAAAGAUUUCCUAUUGGAUAUUCUUGUUUAUAACGAAAAUGGCGAAAAUAAGUUUAGCGAUCAUGUUUAUGUCUGUGGGUUGAUUGAAAAUGUGGUGAAUGUUGCCUUAAACGAUGUUAAGGAUAUUGCUUACGUGGAUAAGGUGAAAGCGCAGUUGUUUAGGUACGAAAAUUUGGUGAAUUGGCUGUCAUCAUAUGAGUCUUUUAUUAAGACUUCUAUUAUGCUUGCUAAGUACAAAUUGCAUAAGAAAGGCGUCUACGAGUUUAGUGAAUUGACAGAGAUGAUAAUGGAUAAAUUUUCGGUGGAAGCCGGCUGUACCGAUCGCAACAGGGAGAGUUUUCAAAAUGAAUUUUUAAUGGCACUGAAAAUCAUGCUUUUGGAAGGUGGUUUAAAAAACAAGGACGCCCUUGUUUUGUUUACAGAAAUAUUAUGUUUUCACAAGGAUGUUUACAUUAGGGAAAGCGUCAUUGAUGUACUUUCUGAAUGUGUAAAUAUAAGUGUUAUGGAAGGUAGUUUGGAUACCCUAAAUGAUGAUAUUAAGUCCUCCGUUCAACUAGUUCACGAUGAAGUUGAAAAUAUAAAAAAUGAAGAUGAUAUUGAACUGUUCUUAAGUGGUAAUUAUGUCGAUGAUAUGAAAAUAAAAAGAGAAAAAAUACUGCGUCAAAAUAUUAAUGGAUUAAUACAGAUAUGCAGAGAUAUGUUUAAAGGGUAUGCCCCUUUAAAGGUAUUGCUCUGGGAUGUUUUGAAUUUACCCAUUCUUAGUUUGUAUCAGAGGAAGCAAAUACAUGACUUAGUUAGGGUGAUGUACACCUUAAUUGAUAGUUUUGUAGUUAAGUUGGAAGCACCGAGGGAAAGAAGGCUUGUAGCUAAGAUGAAUAAUAAGGGAGAAGAUAAGCUAGAUAUUGUAAUGAAACGUGAAAGUAUAUUGAAAGUGCACAUUACGAAAGAGGUCUCAUCUCUUGUUGAAACUCCAAAAAAGGUGAAUAAGAUCAAGAUCACUUUGAAAAGUGAGAAAUCUGUAAACAAAAUCGAAAAGCCGGUAUUCAAACCGAAAGUGGUGAGUAAGCCGAGGAAGGUCAAAAGCCAUGUAAACCGUAUGGGUAGUUUACCAUUACGGUUUGUGAAAAUUCAACAACAACCCAGAGGGAUGGUAUCAUUGUCCUCCGUCCCAUAUAGUCAACACGUUCAAAUUACAAAAGUCACGUCAAGGUCGUUCAUGAUCAAAAUAAUAACAAGGCGUAAGUAA